UUACCAGAGGGCCAUGAGUGGAUGUACAAGCUGUGCCGAGUAUACAAAUGUCGCAUGCGAAGAUCCUUGUGUUCACUGGACAAAGAAGAGGUGUGCGGCUUAUGCUGUGGUGUAAGGAGUGCGAGAAUCGGGGGCGGAGAUGUCGCGUUUGGUAGAUGCAUGUAUAAAGGCAAAUUCUACCGUGUCAAUGACGAAUGGGUAGAUGGGUGUGACUACAAGUGUAAAUGUGUUAAUGGACAGUUUGGGUCCUACAGAUGCGUUACCAGGUGCCCAACAUACAGACUACAAACCGGAUGCGUGUUGAAGAAAUUUGCAGGAGAAUGUUGUGCUCUCCCUGACUGUACUGGACCUGGAGGCGGUGGGUGCGUCUACAAGGGCAAAUACUACGGUGCCAAUGAUGAAUGGGUAGAUGGGUGUGACUAUAAUGGUACAUGUGUUAAUGGACAGACUGGAUUCUACAGAUGUGUUGACAGAUGUCCGACUUACAAAUUACCUUCUGGAUGUGUACUGAGGAAACCUAAAAGGCAAUGUUGCGGUAUACCUGACUGUGCUGGAACAGAAGUCGGAACUGGAUCUGAAACUGGAGGAAAUACACAGGGUUGUUUCUUUAACAACACUCGUUACCAGCAAGGACAAACAUGGAAAGAUGGUUGCAAGUUUAACUGCCAGUGUGUAAAUGGUGCAACAGGAGAGUACCGCUGCAAGGCUUUGUGUUUCAACUGGCAGUUACCAAGCGCUUGUCAUCUGGAUCCUCCAGCUGCAGGAAAAUGUUGCCAGACACCAAACUGUCCAGCAGGCUACACUCUCAACUACCCACCAGGCUAUGACAAGACCAACCCGCCGUAAACAUACAGCAUUGACGCAAUAACUGUGCUCAGUAGAGACUUUAGCAUGACGAACUAAUUUUAUUACAUUGUAUAUACUGUUUUGUUCUUUCCAAGACAUACCUCCAUCUUGCCUUGUCUUGAGCAAUUGCAAGUUGUUACUUUAACAGCCAGUUGUUACUUUAACAACAACUUUUGUUAUAAUUCAUAUUUCAAACGAGUUUUGUAUUUUGUGAGAAUUCCGAAAAAAAAAAAACGUCUUGGAUCUACUCAACUGACAAUGAUAUUUCUUGUUUCAUUUUUACUUCUAUAUGUUGUUGUAAAUUGUUUUA